AAGAAAGUUAACGUGCAAAGUAUAACGUCGAGUGGUAAUCUCUUUUAAUAUGUAAGGCAAGCUCCUUUUGCUCUAAAUUAUUGCUGCCUUCAAUUUCCUGCUAAAAGCCAUAUUUUCCCCUACUGUCCCACAGCAAACGCAUUGAGAAUCACUGGGAUGCUGUUAACACACAACGCGAAAAUAUUGCAAUAAAUUCAGGGCUGCUGUUGCCAAGGUCCCGGAUCCAGGGUGUGGCCGGUAGCGGCAGAGCGAGGCAGCGGCGCCGGAGCCACUGGGGUAGAGGCAAUCAGCUGUGGCUGUUGGCGUCCCGUUACUUGCCAGCCAGCCAGCCCCUUGCUGCCGUCUGCCUUUCACCCGGCACCAGGUCGAGGCCAUGUGGGCUCACUGAGGGCGGAACACGGGCAAGCGGUGGCUGGAGCGCUGUGGAGGGGCCGGAAUCGCGGGAGCGGCUGCUGACCAGGCAUGACAGUCUAUGGCCUCCUCUACUACCACGAUGAGGCCACAUUCAGGUUGGAGGAGCAACACCUUGUAUUCCGUUUGGGUAGCCUCCAACCUGAUGGCAUGAACAUUGAUUUCUCAAACUUCAGUCCUGCUUGAAGGGUCUUGGCCCGGAACAUCAACUGUACUCUUUUCCAUAGAUGCUACCUGUCCUGCUGGGUUCCUCCAGCAUUUUGUGUGCGUUGCUUGGAUAUCCAUCAUCUGCAGAUUUUCUCUUAUAUAUCAACUUUGUGGGAGAUCGGCUUUGUAUUACUGUGCGUGGACAUUUUGAUACCAGGCAAAGAAAAUGAGUGAACUGGAACAGUUACGACAAGAAGCAGAACAACUGAGGAAUCAAAUUAAGGAUGCAAGGAAAGCUUGUGGUGAUUCUACCCUUGCCCAGAUCACAGCUGGUCUAGAUUCAGUGGGUCGAAUCCAAAUGCGCACAAGGCGUACACUGAGGGGACACUUGGCUAAGAUAUAUGCCAUGCACUGGGGAUCAGACUCUAGACUUUUAGUCAGUGCCUCUCAGGAUGGAAAACUAAUCAUCUGGGACAGCUAUACAACUAAUAAAAUGCAUGCUAUCCCCUUGCGAUCUUCCUGGGUUAUGACAUGUGCUUAUGCUCCAUCUGGGAAUUUUGUUGCCUGUGGUGGACUAGACAACAUCUGUUCAAUUUAUAGCUUGAAGACUAGAGAGGGUAACGUUCGAGUAAGCAGGGAACUGCCGGGGCACACAGGUUAUUUAUCAUGUUGUCGCUUUCUGGAUGACAACCAGAUUGUUACAAGUUCAGGAGACACAAGUUGUGCUUUAUGGGACAUUGAAACCGGCCAUCAAACCACAACAUUUACAGGACAUACUGGGGAUGUCAUGAGUCUCACAUUAAGUCCUGAUAUGAAGAUUUUUGUUUCUGGUGCUUGUGAUGCUUCUGCCAAACUCUGGGAUAUUCGAGAUGGAAUGUGUCGACAGUCAUUCAUUGGGCAUGUAUCGGAUAUUAAUGCAGUUUGCUUUUUUCCCAAUGGAAAUGCAUUUGCCACUGGGUCAGAUGAUGCUACCUGCAGACUGUUUGAUCUCCGAGCUGAUCAGGAACUGAUGAUGUACUCGCAUGAUAAUAUUAUCUGUGGGAUUACAUCAGUUGCAUUUUCCAAAAGUGGACGCCUUCUGCUUGCAGGCUAUGAUGACUUUAAUUGCAAUGUUUGGGACUCUUUAAAAGGAGAUCGUGCAGGAGUACUUGCUGGACAUGACAAUCGCGUCAGCUGUUUAGGCAUCACUGAUGAUGGAAUGGCUGUAGCAACAGGAUCAUGGGACAGUUUUCUGAAAAUCUGGAAUUGAGGUAGUCAUCUGUUCAUUUGGACUACCUAUGCUGCAACCAACAGCUUUAAAAUAAUAUUCUUUUUAUCAAGUAUUUGCAAGUGACGUUUUUCUAUCACUGAAUACAAUUGUAUAACACAAGGCUUAUGUGAAGUAGGCAUAUCUAAUGAAGAGGAAAAAAACCUGACAGCUGUUAACUCUGAGGCUGGCACAUUAUCAUGGUGACUAGGGAAAUAUUUCAAACUAACCAUUGUUUAGUUUUAAUGACUGCAUUGUUUGGAGCAUUUUUUUUUGCUCAGCUGCUAAUCUGUAUUGUUUUGUACAGAAUGUACACGUUGCAGCAGCUAAUCAUGUGUAACAUUUGUCUGUGUAAAGAAAAAUCACAUUUUUAAAGCUAAAUUUCUAGCCUGUAUUUAUCAAAUCACAUUGAACUCGGUGAUAAAUUGAUUGCUGUUGAGAUUUUUCUCCUGUGAAUUAACUUAUUGUGAAAGAUUUAACUUUGGUCAUGUACACGUGAUUGAUUUUUUUGCAGCACUUUUUAAUUAUACAGCACAUUCCAUUGAUAAUUUAUGUUUGCAAUAAGCACUGCUUAACAUGGCUACUGUACAGAAGCAGGAUCUAUCAUGUCAAACUAAAUGCUGUUGCAAAUUUAAAUUAAAAUGCACACUCAUCAACCCUUCAUCAUUCUAACACCCUCCAAAUGAUUUGCGCUCAGAACACGUAAUGCAUUCUUAUUUCUUUGUACCAGUGCCUGUCCUAUCUGUGAACCCUGCCAUUCACUCUUCAUUUCCGUUGACAGGGAUGUCACUCAAGGCUUUUUAUCUGCACAAAGAUUGGCCAUAAACUGUUUAUAUCACAAUUCAGUCAAAUAACCUCAACUACUAUCAUUUUGUGCACUUUCUAAUAGAUACCCCAACUCCUUGACUAGGGCAGGAUUUAUUGGAUUUAUUACAUUCUCUUGUGUAUGCCCACAUGCUUGCCAUUCAAAGGUCAGUUAAAACACAAUGAGCAACUGAAGCUGGUGCCUUCCUAAUUCAUCUGACUUGGUGUCAUACAAUGCAUUUAGCUGCUGGACCAUUCUGCUUCAAAUUAACACUCAUGAUAAGUGGGAGAAAUCUUUUUGAUUCAGUGAAUAUGUGCACUAUUUUAAUCUGAAAUUCAAUUUACAGUAUGUAAACCUAAAUGGCCUUUAUCUAAAGUACUUAUUACUGUAAUGUGAGUUUAAAAAAAAAGUAUUUGUAAAUGGAAAAAUAACCAAAUCGUUUAGCAUUAGUAACUGAGACUUGUUAUACAGUAUAUAAUGUAUAGUUUACAUGGUGAUUAUUGUAAUUUAGUUUAGGUUUUGGUCUUUCUUGGGUUAUAUUGAGUUGCACAAAUCCAUGUUGAUUUUAAUGCAGCUUUAGAAUGUUAUGACUAACCUCCCUACUGGUGUCAACUACUCUGGUGUAGUAUGCCCUUAAAUUCAGUGUUUACACUGUGCCCGCAAAAGGUUUGUAGAACUUAAUUUAAUGGCAGUCAAAAUUUUAACUAAUAAUCAAUACAAGUAGAGUUUAUGUCAGCUUCACUUUCUACCCCCACUCCCACCCAUCCCAAGGACAGUGGCUUUGGUGGAAAAGUAAGUGUUUUCCUUAAAACAAAAACAUGCACUGAUCAGUACUUUGCAAUUUGUUAAAGUAAGGCCAGUAUGACUUUGGAGAUUUAAAAACUUUCAUUGCCUCUAGAGCAUUCUCAUUUUUGAGUUGAACAUGCCCAGACUGAUUAUUAUUACAAUCCUGAAAUCAAGAUGUAAAAAAGGUGAAUAUACACAUGUAUACAAGUACUAGCAUGAAGUCUGAUCUUAAAAGAAUGGCACUAAGCAAUUUAGAUGGAGUGGUUUUAAUUUCUGGACUGUACGUUGUGCUAUAAUUAGUCUUGAGUGUUGAACUUGAGCUACUUUUUGCUACUUGGAUUUUCAAAAUGUUUUAUUGAUUUUAAUCAGCCAUUCUUUGAAAUAAACUAUAUUCAUUGACUCUUAUUCCAACUGUCCAUUUAGAAUCAAUGUUAAUGGAUUGAUCAGUCAAGCCUAGGCCUUUUGAUAUUUAGCAGACUGCAAGAUCAAAAACAAUUGAAGAUUGCUUGGCUUAACCUGUCUGUGGUGUGCUGUUGCUAUAUACAGGAUUUUCUCAUCCCCCUUGAAUUUCAAAUCAAUAGGUUUUCAAGUAUGGAGGCUGCCUUGGUUCAGAAUGUUGUUAUAUUUGAAUCUUGUUAAGCUAAUAUUUGAAAUAUUGGAAAAAGAUUCAGUAUGCAUUGCUCAUUAAGAUACCCACUUGGAAGUGGAAGCUUGAACUUGUGCUUCAAAUGCAAUGCAGAGAGUUCAAAUUAUCCCCUCAAAUGCAUUGCUUCUGACAAAGGAGCCUGAAGAAUGAAGAUAAAAUGUGGAGAAUAAAUACACUUGUGUAAUUUGCUGUCAUAUUCAGUAAUUCAGUAUUAGAAUCAUAGUCUAAAGCGGAACCAUUUUUCAGCCUGUGCAAAUAGAGCUUUACAUAAUGUUACUUGAACUGGUUACGGUAUUAACACCAAUUUUGUAAUACUGUAUUGUCUUUUGUAUUCAAUUCUGCAGUCAAUAAAACCAGCAGUUUGUGCUGUUUUCUUCUAAUGUACUGUUAUAAAACAAUAACUGAUCUUCAAUAGGUGUAUCUUUAUUUAUAGUGAUUCUACAUCAAUAAUUCCUUUUUGUAUAUGUACAGUGGUUCUGUGAAACUAAUGUGAUAAAUUCAUUGUAACCAAUAAAAAUGCUUUUAACCAA